UUUUUUAAUAUGCAAGAUGGUGCAAACGAGGUAUGAAUUAUCGAACUAAUCCUCGACAUCAUUUACAAGGGUACCGUGUUGCAAUAGAACACAUGGAAGAAAAAGAUUUUAUUUGGAGGCCGUACAUACAAUAUCCAGUGCCUGAUUAUAAUGACAGCCGAGUCUGGAGUGCAACAACAUAUAUCAUAUGUUUCUAUACCGUUGAGAUGCAUCAGACGGAUCGAGUCAAACUCCAAUUUGGAUUUGAACAACAAAUACCGUCUCCGCCAAGAUGUCUAAGUGAACACCAUAACAUGACUAUGGUCAAAGCUUGGGACACGCAUUGGCAAGAUUUAAAUAAAGAAGAGCUGAAAGAAUGGAAAAGAAGAAGGCAUUUGGUGUUACAAGGAAACUCGGUCAUUGGUGAGUCUAAGCCGGGUAGAGAAUACAUGAAUUGGUUUUUAUCAAUUCCUUUUAUGCACGUUGCUCCGACACAAUUUUUGGAUGAUCCCCGUCAACGUGUAGCUUCCUCAACCCAACACACAACCCAACACACAACAUCACCCCCACAACAACAUAACCAACCAUCAUCCUCAGCUUAA